CUUUAAUUCGGAUGUAUUUUAAUGUGUAUGUAUGUGUAUUGUUAUUAUUUAAAUGGAAUAUUUGAGUGAACCCACACUUAAGCAAAUAUUAGGGGAUGAUUUGUACAGUUAUUUCAAUGAGUCUGACAAAAAUGCAGAAAAACCUUAUUCCACCGAAGAAAACACCAAAAAUAAAGAAUCGGAUAACGAAAAUUCAGCUCUAAAAAUUGGUUUAACAACUAAACAAGCAACUGAUCACAUUAUAAGCAAAUUAACAAACAUCUUGUCUGAUUACAAUGAUAAGAUCAAAUUAAAGGAUUUAUUCCUGGAAUUGGUCCAGGUUGAUAUAAUAUUAAACUUGGCAGCUCUGUUAGCCAACAUCGGAUGCCUUGUUUACAACAUAGUAAUCGUAAACGUUUACUGGGAGUUCUUGCUAGAGUUUCUAUUGCUAUUCUUUUGGUUGAUAGCAAAUGUGUAUGUUAAAUUACUGUUCAAGGUGUGUAAGGUUUACAGAAAGCGUAACCGCUUGGUGGAAAUUUUACAUUUUUUAAAAUUUGAAUUUACAUAUCCAAAACCAGAGUCUGAAGUUAAAAAGUAUAAUAUCGACCCCUCUUCCUCUGAUUUUAUCUCAGUUUACAGAGAUUACGACUGGGUGAGGCUGCCAAGGAACGUCCUGGUGCAAGGGGACGUUUACAAGCUUAGAAUCAACGAGAUUUUCCCCUGUGACUCUUUGCUUGUUUUGAACGUUACCAAUAAUGACUUGGUUACGCAUAGUGAGAUCUACAGAGAGGGAGAUCCCUGCAAUUUUGUAGGAAACCCGGUUGAAAACGAACAUUUUUUAGACGGAACAUUUGUAGCACUAAAUGACUCAUUUUUGAAAUACAUCAACCAUUAUUUGUUUAAUGAUCAGGCUAACUAUCAGCCGAAUCCGCAACUGCCAAGAAGAGACAGUUCAUGGUUCAGGAACACCCAGGAGGAGACCAAGAUCAUAUGGAACUAUAAUGACAAUUACAUUUUUCUAAACAACAGUAACAAGAUCGUCAUAGUGAUAAUCAUAAUGGUGACUUUGAUUCUGAUUCUCAUGUGGGCGAUACUGUAUAGAGUGGAGAGUAAAUUCAAUUCCAUAAUAACCAUGUACCGACUGCUGAUAAUGCUACAGUUCGUUGGUAUCGACCCGUUCAGCAAGUUGGCAGAGUUAUGGGGAAACGUUAAAAUAAUGGCAAUAUUUGACCAGUAUCAAGAGACAAUGCUUAAGGAUUUGGACCCAGUCAGGUCUGUAAGUUCAUCGGAUUCGUUCCUUAGCUCCUCAACCUUCGGCUCAGUGUCCUCAGAUAUGCUGUUGAAUGAAGUCAAAAUUUCAUUUCUGCACGUCAAUAAGGUGCUAAUGCUGGGUCUGUUUGAAGAAAAUAGUCUCAUAAAAAGACUUUCCACAAUCACUUUGCUCUCAUUUAUCGACGACGUGGGGAUUCUGUUGAACAGUUAUCAAACACUGCAGGAAAUUUCAGUUAUAUCCAAAAAUAGUAAUAACAACACCGCCGCUCGUUUAAGCCAGCAUCAUGAAACCACUCACCAAGAAGAAGGCACUUUUACACGCCUACCAAGCACCGAUGAAAGAGAUUCUGCACUUAACAUGACAAACAUCCUGGGGAACGUAUUUGACCAGGACGUGGUUGAAGAAACCGACGAACUCCUGAUCUUGGAUAUAUACAACGAUAUAGACUUGUAUGGGAAGGAUAACAGCGCUUUCAUAAACGAAAAUGAACUGAAUAAUAAGAACUUGCUCAAGCCGCUCAUAUUCUCAAUAGCGCUCACCUCGAUACUUAACAUUAACAUGUAUCGCUCAAGCCUGUUCAAUAGUUACAUGUCAAUGCUCAUCAACAAUGAGCUUUCCAGUUAUACAAACUGCUUGUGUAACCUUAACAGUGUGUUCAAUAUAAGAAAAUUUUAUCUAAAACCAUUUAAACUACUGAAGUUCAUAAUCAUAAACACCUCCGGGAUAACCUACGGUACUGAUAUGACGAGUCGAGCACUAGAUAGUAAUGACGACUCGAUUGUUAUUUACUUUUACAGAGACAGUAAUAAAAGAGUGAUACAAAUGUUAAUAAAGUGUAGAAUUAGUAUACUUAACGAUUGUAAGCUUAACUUCUAUAACGGCAAUGAGAUUAAGCCACUAAACAGAGUGCUGAGGAGGAAGAUAUCCGACCUCAAUGUGCAGUGGCUGUCGAAUGGAAUUGGGUCGUUUCUGUACCUUUAUAAGCCAAUUUCAAUCGACGACUACAACAUUCUCCAGAUCCUUUUACCCUUCUCUACCAUUUAUAAUAAUUACACUAACCCUCCGGCUACGAAUGUUGGCUCUUCCGGUUACACCACAGCACCAAAUACAGCUACUACUCAUUCUGGAACAGAGACUGGAGUUGGAAGUAGAAGAAAGAACAGUAAGCUGAUGUUCCUAUAUAAGCAUAAUAAUCUGUACUACAAGUAUAAGGGUAUUAACAUUUACAAACUGACAAACAAGUUUAAAAACACAGCUGCAUCUGAAACUACAUCUCACAAGAAGGACGUGAUCCUGGGCAGCUUCAUAGGGGAAAUGCUUAAAUCCUACAUCAAAAAUUCAAUCCUGCUAGGCAUUGUAGGAAUAAAGUAUGAGGCGAAUAAGGAAAUAAACACAAAGAUAAAUGAGUUACACGAGUCUGGAAUAAGAUUCGUGUACUUCUCUAAGCAUAACGAAAAACAUACCAGAAUUAUUGGAAGUCUAUUGGGACUUGAGAUUUCGUGGAACUCCAUGAUUUCCCUCUCCACAUCCGAAACGUCUUCCUACAUUAAUCAAGAAGGACACAUUGUGUUACCAAACGGGAUAGAUAAUAUUAGACAACAUAUAAAAUACAUUGAUGACAUACCUCUUCAAGUGUCUCUGUUUUGUAACUGUAAUUAUGAGAAUGUCAUUGAGAUGUUCAACAUACUGAACGAUAAUAAGGAGAAUAUAAUGUGCAUAGGCUCAGGACUUAACAGUAAUAACUUUUAUUUGUUCUCAAAUUCAUACUUGGCUUUCUCAAUCUCACUCAACUAUCACCCGCUGUGCAAAUUCUGUAAAUGUAAGAGGUGGCAAGGAGUAAGUAGGCAGCAUGUGAUUGAAGAAAGCAGAUCAGAGAUUGUAUUAUCUUCUCUGAUUACAUCGUUACCGUGUUCACUCAAGUACAAUAAACUGUUCAAUAUCAAUGAAGGAGACUCGCUGUUUGAAUUAUUGUUUGAACUAUUUAAAGAAAGUAGAAACACCUCGACAAACAUACAGGAGGCAGUGUCGUUUAUGCUUUUGUCAUAUUACACCAUAAUCACAAUGUAUUUCAUACAAUCCCUCCUGUCUCUACCAUCAGUUUUCAAUAACAUUGACAUAAUUUUGAUCAUGUACUUUUACAUACCGCUAAUUUCAGUCACACUCCUCAAUAACCCAAUCAUGGACAAGAUCAUGGAGCAGCUGCCGAACAAGAUCGAAAACAACAAUAUAUACUACAAAUACUACUUCAGAAUAUAUAGCAGGAUUGUCGUGUUCGCCCUAUUCACAAUGGCAACGCAUUACAUAAAUAUAUUUUACGUUAAUAAGCAUUUGAACUCAACGCUCAUGAUUAAUAACCCGCUUUGCAACAAUUUCUUUCACUACCCCAAAGUAUUUUGUAUGAAUCUGCUAAAUAAGCACUUCAACUACGCCCAGUACAUCUGGCUGAUACAGAACUUUACAUCGAUAGUUUUUGUCGUAUUUCUCAUUGUAUCCUCAAUCUUCUGGAUACAGAAGUACACUUUCCUGGGGAUCUCUUGCUUUUUAAACUACCGUUGGUUGUUGGCUUCCCUCUUGAUAUCCUGUGUUCAUGUGGGAAUCGUGGCCCUUAAACUCUACUUCGAUCCCAUCGAAGACUUUAAGGUCGUUAGGAUUUUAAUUGUGAACUCGAGUCUUUCACUUUUGUUCAUUGUUCCGAUUCUACUGAUUGACCAGGCUAUUAAACUUUUCAUCAUAAAGGACAAAAACACCCAGCAGAAGUUCCUGCAGCUUCUGUUCUCCACUAAGCUGGGCACUUGGUCCCCAAAAUAA